AUGGCAUUUCGAUUCAAUUGGCCCGAAUUUGACCAAGAAUUCUAUCAUGAAGCGAAAUCGCAAUUGGAAUCAGCACUGAACAAAGGCGAAAAGCCUAAAAAAAUUGUCGAUACGAUCGCUGUUAAAGAACUGCACAUGGGUACCAUGCCACCGGAACUGGAGAUCUUGGAAAUCGGCGAGUUGACCACCGAUAAAUUUCGGGGUAUUUUCAAGCUUACCUAUGCUGGCGAUGCUUACAUUGUGUUACAGACCAAAGUCCAGGCUAAUCCAAUGCAUACACAACGGGAAGACGGAUUUCGGCAUACCCGUCCUGGUAUCCUGGCCGCCGACCAUCCUUUAAUCGUACCCAUGCUCCUACGUAUCAGCGAUCUCAAACUACGCGGAAUUGUUGUUUUGGUUGUUUCCAAAACAAAGGGUAUCACUCUGGUCUUCAAAAACGAUCCUCUCGAAAGUAUUAACAUCAGCUCCACUUUCGACAAUGUCCCGAGCGUACGCGAGUUUCUCCAGUGCGAAAUCGAGAAACAACUGCGCAAUCUGUUUCAGGAGCAAUUGCCCGUCAUUAUACAUAACCUGAGCCUUCGUCACAUUCAUCAGGAAGAAGAAAAACAAAGAAUUGCCAGUAUACAGUCUUGCCCUAAACGAUCAUUUUCUGAUGUCCAUUCUACCGCCAGUCACCGUCUCAGCGUCCUCUCGUCUCAUGCUGACUAUGGUCAUCAAGAUGCAUCUGAUAUUCUGUCGGUAGCCUCCGGCGACUUGCCACCCUUGUCAGUUUAUUCCCAGUCAAUCACCCCUUCAUCCAGUACCAGCACGUCGCCCAUGACUCCUUACAUGCUUGACGAUGAUUCUAUUUUUGGUAUACCCGUGGACGAGAACGACGGCAUGUCGGCGCAACCUAUUUUCAACGACAAGGCCUAUUUCCGUCGUUCCGUAGACUACCCUCCAGUGGAAAGCUAUUUUGACCCGGCUGCCAUGGAUGAUGCUGUGCGAGAACGACGAAGCAAAUACUGCUUGUCCACUCGAAGUCGUUUCCCUGUGACAGCUGCUAACUUGUCUACGCUGAACUACCAUUACACUCACCGUUACCCGUUUAUGAUGAUGAAGACCGGCCAUCGUUUUGAUUGUUUGUUAUACAAGAAUUAUGCUUCGAUUGGCAGCAUGCAUCGGCGAUUGCACAGUCAUGAUACAGCCAGCUCAUUUGAUGAGACCUUGUCGGAACAGAGUUUCGCGCAAAGUUCCAACGUAUCUUUAGCCGCUUACGAAAUCUACGCCGAUGAUGCUGAUGCGCCUUGGUACGCCACUGAAGCGCCUGAACUUCCGUCUAUUACCAGUGCACUUCAACAGCAACAAUGCCUUUACCUGUCCCUGGACGAUCCCAUCCAUCUCCACCCACAUCAGAAUACUAUGGUCGCCAAACUGACCCAGUUGGCUUCGGCUCAGCGUACCUUGUCGCCAUUGACAUCGAUCGUUCCUCACACGGCCUGUCGAAGUUUACCACAUACUGUCAAGAACCCAUCCCUCUGUAAAUUGAAACACAAAAAAGUACCGAAACGACGCAUCAUCCGCCUUAGUGUGUCGACACCCACUAUCUAA